UCGGGUCAUGGCUAUAAGUAGCCACCACUUACACCAGACCGUUUGCUGUCGUAUCAAGUAUUUUCAAAUCAUCUUAUCACCAGAAUAUUUUCAAAAUGUCCAACGCUGGCUUUAUUCCAUCUUUACUCUUUACUUGUGCAUUAUCCCAGGCGUCAUAUCUGUUAAAACGAUCCUUUGAACGCCCAAAUCCAGACCCUAAUGAUACCCAGAAAGAAGACUCCAUGGGCAAAGCCGUGUUAAUAUUGUAUGGGCGGUGCAUGAGUCUGCUAUUGAUCAGCAUCGGGGUAGCCCACGGCCUCUACGUCCUCUUUCCAUCAACGGGACAAGCCAUAUGCCCUUCCGCAUCUUCUCUGAACCCGGCCUUGUUUUCCUGGUCACUUCAGGCGACGAUCAUACUCUCCGUGUCGCUGUUUGGAGGAUAUCUCCGUCUACUCGCAUACCAUCAACUGCGCGAGAACUUCACAUUCAAACUAAGCCGUCCCUCACAACUAGUCAAGUCUGGUAUAUACGCGUAUGUACAGCAUCCAUCGUACAUUGGGUUUUUGGCAGUCAUUUGCGGAUACUCUGCGUUGGUACUGCGAGUUGGAGGUCUACUGAGUUGCUGGACGGGCCAUAUUCCUGUGAGUGGUGUUGUUUAUGGCGGUUGGACUCUUAUCGUCGCACCACUUCUGGUUUGUCUCCCGGCGAGGAUUCUGGACGAGGAGAGGAUGCUACGGCGGUGUUUUGGAAAGGAGUGGGAGGAAUAUAAUCGUUCGACGGCGAGACUUGUUCCUUGGGUUUUUUGAUUGAACAGGUAUCUGUUUGGUGCAUUCACAGGAGACACAGAUGGUGGGACGAGGAAGGAUGUGGC